ACAGGUAUUCGCAUUUUUGAUGUCAAUGUCCCGUCUAACGAUGCUGGACAAGCAUUUGCCCUGUCCCAUGAACUCGACAAAAUUGACAUAUACUUAAACAGUUGGGGACCUGGGGACACGGCUACGGAAGUCAAGGGCCCUGAAACUCUUACGCAAAGAGCUAUCGAGCGUGGUAUAAAGUAGUUAAUAGAUAGAUUUAGCCAAGGCCAAAAGCAAAGCUCUCGAGUGAUGCUUUAUAAAAUGUCUUUCUCAAUUCAUUCAACUUUUGCCGUAUACUGAAAGCAAACUGAAUUCCGCGCGCGCGUGUGUUCUGGCUCACCAACCCUUAAUUUCCGAUUCCGCGACUCGCCUGAGAACGGUUAUCGACUAUAAUCCUUCAUUCGGCGUACAUUCCUUAAUGGUAGCUGUUUAGUUUUAACCCCAGGCAAAGCACUUCCCACACCUUAUAACUGGUGUAUUGGACGUAAGGAAAUGCAAUGAGCUCUAUAAUAUAUGGGCCAGUGGCCUGUUUCUCAAAAGUCCCGGUAGCUUUUCGAGCCCGGAAAGCUAUUUUGUGUUUGCCGUAUUUACAUUCAAAUUCAAAGUUUCAAUAAUUUUAACAAUGAUACAAUGAAAGUAUCAGCUAACGAAGCAAAAUUGGCUGGUUUGUGGGCUACGAACGGUGCUACUAUUCAACAGGUUUGGAUUUUAAAAUUUGCCUUCGGGCCUGGAAAGUUUUCGUGCUUUCAAGAGACAGGCCCCCAGGCCCGUAAGGGCACUCCAGGGAGGUCUGGGUAGAGGUGUGCCACCUAAUCCUUUAAACUCUGAACCUGUAUCACAAAAGUAGAUCGCUCGUCGCGAACCUUCAUACUCUUUUAAAGGCUUCCGGUCUAAAAAGACACGCUGUUCAAGACGCUAAUAGCAACCGAAUCAAGACCCAAAAACCAUAACUUGUUCAGCGGCACAAGCCCGUUUAGGCCAAAUAAGGAAGUGCACCCCUGGAGACCAGGCUCCAGUUGUUCAAAAGGUGGAUAAGGCUAUCCACUGGAUAAAUCUCUAUCCACUGGAUAGCGCAAUUGGUUUCCCUAAUACAUAUCCGCUGGAGAGUGAUUUAUCCUGUGGAUAGCGCUAUCCAUCGUUUGAACAACCUGGGCCAGGUGGUUUUCUUGUGGAGAUAAGCAUCGUGUAUACUAUUCAGGCAACAGUCUAGAGAUAUUUUUGUAUACUAAAUUACUAUCCUAUUCCGCAGAUUUCUGCUGAUCAGAAAUCAGGAUGCAUUGAAAACUUCGAAGCAACAUCAACAGCUACAGCGAUGGCUUCAGGUCUUAUUGCGUUGACACUGGAAGCAAAGUAAGUCUUAAUGCUUUGAAUGUUAUUUGAUCUUCUGUCGUGUAACCAUAUAGGCUCAGAAUGAGGAAAGAGGAUCAACCAGGACCCCAGGGUAUACUCCCUAUAAGCGCCUAUAUGAAGAGGCUCGGCCUGAAAGGGGUGCCUUCAGGCUUUACGCUUUAGGUAUAUUAAAUGGUAGGGAUUUCACUAGUUGAAGUAUGUAAAAGGGUAGGAACAGGGGGAGGAGGGGAGACGGGGUAUGGGACUGAGAAACGAUGUUCUCGCAACUUACAAAGCGGUCACUUCGCGUGGUGGUCAGCGGAUAAUAAUAUUGUAGUAUGUUUCCCACAGUAAAUAUUUUAGAAACGAGAAGCGAAGCGGCAGAGGAAAUAAUUCAAUAAUUGUAAAAAUAAUAUCAUGCCUCUUUGCUUUUUUCGCAUAUCGUAUUAUUCCUUUGGUACUGAACUUGCAAAACGCAAGCGGCAGUCACUGCAACCGUGUAAAUUCUUAAACCGACAAUAACGCGCGCUAGAGACCACCUCGAUCGAGUUUAUAGGUUAACAUCGUUUUGCCGCGCAAGGACAUCGAAAGUUUAAAAGAGUUAUGAUGCUGAUAAAAGUUACUGGGGAAAGUGUCAAAUUUAUCGGAAGUAAAGUCUUUUCAAGACGGCUUUAAAAAUAAUAGCGUACAUACCGGAAUAAACAGAUUCACACUUCACAAUAACAGUGAUAACACACCUUGAAUUCAAAGUUAAAAGUAUAAGCGAUCCUAAUAAACAAAUGACAACUAUUGGUGAAAGCUCGGUUCCUUGAAGCGACCUUAACUUUCCCCAGGUUUGGAGCAAAACACUACUCGAUAGCUCAACUCUUCGGUGGUUCUUAUGAGCCAUAUGUUACACAUUCUAAACUCUGCGAAUUAAAAGAAAGAGCAAAUCACUCACUAUGUCUCAAAAGCGACAUAAAAUCAAUAAAUUUGUGAAUUACCAAAAUAUAAUGGUGAGAAACAGUCCUGUCGUCGACCGCCACAAUUUUGUUUCUUUCUCAAAGACCGUUGAUGUUUGGUUUUUGAGUAAUAAGCUUUGCAAGUUGUGAGAAGAUCGUUUGGAUUUCAUUGAAGAGACUGUAUGGGAAGUAACUACCCUGUAUUACUCAAUUACUUACUUGCUGUCUACAUGACUGCUUGCUCCUUAGUUACUUACUUACUAUUUAAACUAUUGAGUUUUACUUUGAAGCCCCUCCCUUACAUGGCGUGACGUAAAACACAUUAAUUAUAGUAAGAAGUGCGAGACACCCCCCUAG